AUGGCUGAAGGCUUCAUUUACUCCGUCUCAAACUCUAGGAGAGAAGAUGUGCUUUCGAACGCGUUGGUUAUUGGUAUUGCGUUAAUACUAGCGAUCACUUUCUGGGUUCACUCUCGCGAUCCACUGAGAUCAAUUCCAGGUCCCCUCUGGGCAAAAUGGACACCCUUUUGGUUGGUACACUACGCUCGCAGUGGCAAUAUGCAUCGCCAAAUGAUUGCAACACACAAAAAAUAUGGGAGACUAGUCCGAGUAGGGCCAAAUGAAGUGAGCACUGCAAAUCCAGAGGCACUCAAAGCGAUAUACGGCGCAGGUGGUGAUUUCCGCAAGAGUGACUGGUACAGCGUGUGGCAGGGGCUUCGCAAGUGGGACCUUUUCGGGGAGCGCAAUGAAAGCAUUCAUCGAGCGCAGCGGAGGUUGGUCAGCCAGAUAUACUCAUUGUCCAAUAUGAAAAAGCUCGAGCCUUAUGUGGACAAAGCGGUGGUGCUCUUCAUGACCAAAAUGUCCGAGAUGCAGGGUCAGCAGGUUAAUAUGAGUAAAUGGGCCCAACUAUUUGCCUUUGACGUGAUCGGAGAAGUAACAUUCUCGAAGCGUUUUGGGUUCAUGGAUGCUGGCAAAGACGAUGGUGCCUUUAGCCUCAUCGAUAAGUCACUGCGAUGUGCAGCCUGGGUCGGAUACGUACCUUGGGUGUACUGGACCAACCUCCGGCUUUCGCCAAUAAUCGGUAGUCAUCUCGCGGUGACUGCCCGGCAGGGAAGUUUGCUAACAUUUGCGGCAAAGGCAAUUGCAGAACGCAAAAAAAGAGGCAGCGACCACCAAGAUAUUCUGGGACAGCUCUUUGACGUCCAGCGGGAAAAGCCAGAGCUGGAUGAUAUCUGCGUCACAUCGAUGGUUGCUAGCAAUAUCUUUGCAGGGAGCGAUUCAACGGCCCUUUCCAUAUCAUCCCUUCUCUAUCAUGUCGUUAAGAACGAGCAAUGUAAAAAGAGACUGGUGGAAGAAAUCGAUGCUACAGCCAGAGCCAACAACAUUGGCCAUGGAGACAUAUUUUCGCUUGAGACGGCGAAUAACAUGCCGUACUUACAGGCAUGUAUGUGGGAGGCUCUUCGCUGUCAUCCGGCAGUAGGGAUGAAUCUUGGGCGAGUAGUCCCCCCACAAGGUGUUAAAAUAGAUGGACAAUAUCUCCCCGGUGGGACCGUUGUCGGCGCAAACGCAUGGGUUAUCCAUCAAGAUAAAGACACCUUCGGCGAGGACGCCCAUAAAUUCCGGCCAGAGAGGUGGUUAGAAGAGCCAGAUCGUGUUAGCCAGAUGAGACGAGUAUUUUUUACUUUUGGUGGCGGAUCACGGUUUUGUAUUGGGAAGAAUAUCGGCUGGCUUGAGAUGUCCAAGUUUGUCCCAACAUUAUUCCAUGACUUUGAAAUUGCUCUCGCAGACGCUGACCAGAAAUUGAAAGAGCUUGCUUGGUAA